GCGAUUUACUGCUAACGUAAUCAGAACACUAACAGUGUCACUAUUAGUACUAAAAUAGAGAUUUUUUUUUCUUUCUGAUUUCACAGUACAGUAACAAUGACGAGGAUCAAUAUAAACGAGAUGGAAAAUUUUGGGGAACCUGCCCCAUAUGAUCCGACAUUCAAGGGCCCUGUUUCUAAAAGGGGACUUACUGAUGUCUUUUGCUGCCUUCUUUUCAUCGUUGUUGUGAUUGGGUAUGCAAUCCUUGGUGGAGCAGCUUGGCUUUAUGGAAACCCCCAAUUUAUAAUCUAUGAGCAAAACUCUGCUGGAGAAUUCUGUGGAACUGGACCAAAUCUUGAAAAACCCAAUGUGUUUUAUUUUGACGUAUUGAAAUGUGCCCCUGAGGUCAAUGUAACAGCUGUAACGUUCAAAGGCCUUCUGUGCCCAACGACACAAGUGUGUGUUCAAAAGUGUCCCUCAGCAUUUUGGUUUUUGCCUUCUAAUGCAUUAACUGCUGAGGCAAAACCAAGUGAAUUUUUCCAGCAGGAAUUCUGUGACCCCAGUUUGGACCUUGCCAAGACCACAUUGACAGUGCAAGAAAUUCUGGAUAAACACCUGUGCCCAGCAUAUUAUCUGCCAAGCAAACAAGUACAUGGGAAAUGUCUACCUAGUUUCGACCCAAAAGAUGUUCCAACAAACUUCACUGUCCAUGGAUCAGUUUUGGAAGAAAAAACAAUCAACGCCAUAAUGGAUGCUACGAGAUCUCUCACUUCAGGGUUUAAUGCUAAAUCAAUGGAAGUUAGGAUCAUCGAGGACCUUGCCUUUACAUGGUAUUGGAUGUUAAUAGCUCUGGUGAUUGCGUUGGUGGUCAGUAUGGUGCUGCUCCAGCUAUUGCGAUGCUGUGCGCCUGUGGUGGUCGUACUUCUCGUCACUGGUGUUCUGUCAGUGGGAGCAUAUGGUAUUUACCAUUGUUAUCAGGAGUACCAGAAACACAUGAACUCAGCGCUUAAAUUUGGAGACCUAAGCCUCCAGUCUAAGUUCUCAGAAUAUUUUCGAGUGAAGGAGAUCUGGCUGGCUUGCUUGGUGAUUCUGUGUUUUCUGGAGUUUUUCCUGUUAAUGUUGUUUGUAUCGUGUUUAAGAAAAGGACUCUCAUCUGCUCUGGCAUUGGUGAGAGAGUGUAGCAAAGCGAUGAGUGUGAUGUUGUCUACAAUGUCAUACCCACUGGUCACAUUUCUGCUGGUCACACUCUGUGUGACCUUCUGCACUGUGACAACGAUAAAUUUGGCUACUUCUGGACUGCCAGUAUACAACCUCAUUGCCCUGAACUCAUCAAAGGCAGAGUGUAAUACCACAAAAGGCACUGAAAAAUGUUUCCCAGAGACUUUCAAGGCAUCUGACUAUCCCCAGUGUCCAGUGCGAUGUGCCUUUGUUCAAUAUGAUGAUGAAAAUGGCUUUUUUCAAAGAAAUUCAAAAUACCUGCAAAUUUAUAAUGGGCUGGCAUUUUUUUGGUGUCUACAUUUCAUCAACACACUUGGCCAGUGCACACUAUCCAGGACCUUUAGCACCUACUACUGGUCUCUUAGUAAUCCUCAGAAUAUUGGCCGAUCUACUAUGUCCAAAGGACUCUUCCAGACAUUACGGUACCACACUGGCACUAUGGCGUUUGGUGCUGUCUUCGUCACUAUGUUCCAGAGCAUCCGGAUUGUUCUUCAAUAUCUUAAAGAUGUGACCAAAAGUGGAAAAAGAUGCUAUUUUUAUUGCUACCCUCUGAAGCUGGUGCUAAAAUUCCUCUUUUGGGCCUUGGAUAAAGUCAUCAAAUAUUUCAACAGAUACACUUACACAAUGAUGGCUAUAUAUGGAGACGAUUACUUCAUGUCGGCUAAAAACUAUAUUAUGCUCUGCGGGAGGAACAAGGAGCGGGUGCUGGUGGUAGACUGGGUGACGGACUUGCUGCUGUUUUUUGGGAGACUGCUGGUGGCUGGAGCAAUAGGUGUCUUGGCCUUCUGCUUCUUCAAUGGAGACAUAAAAGUGUCAGAUGACAUUUUUCAGGCCGACUUGAUAUACAAUAGCUGGUUUCCUGUUACUAUGGUGAUGGUUGGAUCGUACUUUAUAGCCCAGGGGUGCUUCAGUGUGUACAGCAUGGGUGUGGACGCAUUCACCAUCUGCAUUAUGGAUGAUCUGGAGCGCAAUGAUGGGACGCUACAGCGACCCUACAUGUCAAGGAGCUUGAUGCAGAUCCUGCAACGGCAGAGCAACUCAUAAUUCAUAACUUAUUUAAAAAAAUAAAGACUGUUUGAU